AUGGCGACCAGCAAAGACCUCGGGGAAAGCGACAUAGCAACCAUCUUUGUAGAUAAGAAGACUUUCAAGGUCAAUAAGAAGACCCUUGAGGACAAAAGUGAUUUCUUUGCCGCCAUGUUUGCUUCUAGGAUGACGGAAACUAUCCAGAAUUCCGCCGUACUUCAUGACGUAUCUGCUGGAGUUUUCAGAGACCUUCUGGUGUUUAUGGAGACAGGAAAACUUCGGUGCGAGAUAGACGAGGAACUCCUGACAGCCGCUGCGUUUUUGCAGAUGCGCGGCGUCAUCGAGCACUCCAUACGUAACGUAAACAUCACGAACUGUAUCGAAUUUCUCUCCGUCGCAGAGACACACUGUCUGCCUGAGGUCGAAGAAGCUGUCUUGAAAUUCUUAACGGAGAAUUUCUUAGACGUAAUAAGUUCUAAGACAUUCAAACAGUUUUCUGGUGAUCUCAUAGACUCUGUGGUUAAGAGACGACACGCAUCUAAACAAUGCUUGUUUGGCUUUGGCUCUUACGAUGACGCAGAAAAAGAAAGAUCGGACAUUUCCCGCGUUAUGCAUCUCUUCGAUGACGUCACAGAACAAUGGCAGACAGGCUGCGCACUCCCGCCAACCCUCUGCACUCACGCAUGCGGAGUAGCUGUUUUGUACAACUACAUCUUUGUGGUCGGUGGAUACUCGUCUUCAGAAUGUAGACAAAUGCAACAGGUAGCAACUUACUACGAUCCUAUAUCAAACAACUGGAAGGAUGUACCCUUUAUGAACCAAAGCAGGGCGCAUUUCGCUCUUAUACCUCACGACGACUACCUGUACGCUUUAGGUGGAUGCGUUAGCUUUUCCACUCAAGGCAGCAGCGUUAAAAAGCUGCUCUCCAGUGUUGAAGCGUACAGCUUACGGGGUCGUGCUUGGGUCCGGGUCGCUUCCCUCCCGAAGGAGACUGCGCAACCUUGCGGUACUUCUUGUCGAGGGUACAUCUACACGACAAUCGUACGACCAAUGGACGAAAUGCUUACAAGAUACGACCCAGAAGAAGACGUUUGGGAAGACGUUGAAAUCGUUCCUUACAUGCGGUUUGUCCAGUGCAUGGCGUCUUACAAGGAAAAGGUGUAUCUUCUCGGGCAGUGGGAUCUCGUGAGCGGGAUUGUGCGAGACUUUCAGUCCUAUGACGUCAUCACACGUCAGUGGACGAAGUUGUACAAGCCAAUCACGGGCCAGUAUUUCGACAGCUGCGUUGUUUGGGGAGAUAACUUGUUCUUGGUGAGCUCGUGUGCUACACAGAAGUACAGUUUGGCAUCUAAAGAAUGGGACUGUCACAGAUUGCCGCCGUAUCCUGGCUCCGGGUUCGCUCAUGCACAAGUUUUACACGUACCAGAUCAUUGA